AUGCGAUUUAUUUGGCACGAACAACUUGUCGCGUUUGCAAACCUAACUCAAUGCGAAAUAAUUCCAUGCCAAUUUCGUUGCGUUUGUCGAGAUGGAUAUAUUUUUAAUGAAAAUAAUAAUUCAUGCGUUCAAGCAAUUUCGGCAAGCGAUUCAGCAUUUGAGCCUUCGAAUAAGAAUUUCGCCAAUGGAACUUCGUCGAAUAAUGAAUGUGGCAAAAAUAUGGAAUAUGACGAAAUUUCGACAUUUUGUCAUCUUCCUUUUAUUAAGAUAAUUUACAACUUUGUUAAAACCGACGGUUGUAAACCGAUUUGUAUUUGCAAGAAAGGAUAUAUAAAAAAUGAGGAACAAUUGUGUAUUUUGAUACACACACAUCCUUUACUACGAAUGAAUUACGAUUAA